AUGCAACGAAUCUUUAUUCAUAGAGGCCUACUUAAUCGAGGAAAGUUGGAAGGAUCAAACAUGAAUAAUCGUAAUUCCUUAAAGAGGGUUCUUAAACCGGUAAUUGAAAAGAAGAGGCGUGAUAGGAUAAACCAACGGUUGAAUGAGCUAAGGACUAUACUGCUAAGCAACACUUCUGACAUGCGGCUGAAAAAUCCAAAAUUGGAAAAAGCUGAAAUAUUAGAGUUGACUGUCGAUUACAUACGAAGAAAAGCAAAUGGGAACGACAGAAAAGCCCUUUCAGAAAAUCAUGUGAAAGAGUCCUCUGCUCCAGUGACUAGUACUGUGAGUUCCAAAAGGACAGGCCUCAUACAUGAGCACACACAGCCCCCACCCAACCCCAUCUACAGUGCAGGUUUCAGAGAAUGCAUCUCCCGCCUGGGCAACUACAUUGACAGCGUGGACCCCUCCCAGAGAGAGAGCUUUGUCCAGGAACUGAGGGACCACCUGGAUGCCCACAGUGCCUGCCCUCUGAGGAGGGUGCAUAGCCAGACCUUUCCCCUGGACCUCCAGCCCUGGGGCUCUGGAGCAGAAGGACAAUGUUUACUGGGCAGAGUUCAGAACAGGAAGGAAAGUACAGGGAUGGGUCAUCAACGAGCCAGCAGGGAGGCCACCUUCCCCUACAUCAACACCUCUCUUCCAAUCUAUCCCAACACCUUUGUACUCCACCACCCCCACCCUACCCAACACCUCUCACACCCAUACCCAUCUCCUCCUUACUCCCUCUCCCCCCCACCCUCCCCUUCUUACUCCAGCUCCUCGACACCUAUCACCAUUACCUCUCCAUACCUCACCAUGCCCUGCCACUUCCCCUUCUCUCCUUCUCCCUCUGAACAUCGAUCAGAUUCCUUGUCAUCCUCAUCUCACUCUACAUCUCUACUUGUGGCGCCUCUGGUACCAGACCAUACUCCCCUGGGUUCCAGUAUCCCCACCCCUCUAUGUCCCUCUGGCCCUGUGCCCGACGGCCCAACAAGGACUCUGAGGCAGUCACUGUUUCAAAUCCAGCCCCAGGCAAUAUGGAGGCCCUGGCCCUGA